GCGGCCCUGAAAUAGGGCCCGGGCCGCCGCCGGGCAGCGCAGGAGCCGCGGCAGAGCGCGGCCAUGCCCGCCCCUGCCGCCCCCCGCCGCCUGGCCGCCGCCGCCCCCGCCGGCAAGGCUAAGCUCACCCACCCCGGCAAGGCCAUCCUGGCAGGUGGCCUGGCCGGAGGGAUCGAGAUCUGCAUCACAUUCCCCACCGAGUAUGUGAAGACACAGCUGCAGCUGGAUGAGAAGGCAAACCCUCCCCGCUACAAGGGCAUUGGGGACUGUGUGAAGCAGACUGUCCGUGACCAUGGCAUCCGGGGGCUGUACCGGGGGCUCAGCUCGCUGGUCUAUGGCUCCAUCCCCAAGGCUGCUGUCAGGUUCGGGAUGUUCGAGUUCCUCAGCAACCAGAUGAGAGACGAGCAGGGCAGGCUGGACAGCACGCGGGGCCUGAUCUCCGGGCUGGGCGCCGGCGUGGCCGAGGCCGUGGUGGUGGUCUGCCCCAUGGAGACCAUAAAGGUGAAGUUUAUCCAUGACCAGACUUCCCCCAAUCCCAAAUAUCGUGGCUUCUUCCAUGGUGUUCGGGAGAUUGUUCGGGAACAGGGACUGAAGGGGACAUACCAGGGCUUAACCGCAACCAUCCUUAAGCAAGGAUCAAACCAGGCCAUCCGCUUCUUUGUCAUGACCUCCCUCAAAAACUGGUACAAAGGAGAUGAUCCCAACAAGGUCAUAAACCCCUUUGUCACGGGGGUGUUUGGAGCCCUCGCUGGAGCUGCGAGCGUCUUUGGGAACACCCCCUUGGAUGUGGUGAAGACCAGGAUGCAGGGGCUGGAAGCGCACAAGUACAAGAGCACCUGGGACUGCGCCUACCAGAUCAUGAAAUACGAAGGGCCCCUGGCGUUUUACAAGGGCACCGUGCCUCGCCUGGGCCGCGUCUGCCUCGACGUUGCCAUUGUCUUCGUCAUCUACGACGAGGUGGUCAAGUUCCUCAACAAAGUGUGGAAAACGGACUGAGGGGGGUGGGCGGGGGUGGCCCCCGCCUCCCUGGCCCCACGGGGCUGCAGCUGGAGAGCCAUGACCAAGCUCGGGGCCAGCUCUGCCCCGUGCACGUGCCCUCCCCCCAAACCUGGCCACCUUUAUGUUUAGGAGCAGGCGCUGGAGCAGGUUAAAUUAUAAUUUAUGUGCUGGAAGGAGCAGGGAGGGAGCAGCAGCUCAGCAUCCACACCCCCAGCAUCCCGGUUAUGCCUGUCCCAAUCCCUUGGUGACAUUUCUCCCUGCUUCUGUGUCACCUGCAAGGUUAUCCAGGGUGAGGUGCCCCCUAGGAUGGUGGCUCUGUUUCCCCCCCACCCCCGGAGCCUCCGGCAGCCACAAACUGCCGACUGCUCUGGGGCCAUUUUUUGGGGGUGCUGAGAGUCCCCCUGGAGCCAUGUGGGUGCGAUGGCCAAGCUGUGCACCAGGCAUUGCAGCUGUCAGAGGCUCUUGGGGCCAACACCAGCAGCUGGGAGCGACGCGCCGGGUCUCACAGUGGCUCCAGGGGGGCCCACCAGCCCUGCAUCCCCCAGGACAGGCGGUCACGGACCUGCUGGCACAAGCCCCCUCCUCCCUCCUGCCUGCCUGCACCAGGCCCCCCUGGGGUGCAGCAUCCUGGCCCCUGGGUCUCACUCAGCGCUGGGCUGCUGAGCAGGCGCUGCCCACAAUUGCACAUACAGCCAGGCCUUUAGCUCUCCUCGCUGCAGAGCCGGGAUUGGGGCGAGCCCGGUGCCCCCGUCACUUGCCGUUUACAGCCGAGACCCGUGCGCCAGCAGGGGGUGCCGCCCCGCACCGCAGGCUUGGCCCCUCGGCCGGGGAUGCAAACCCCUUCUUCUGCCACAUUCCUCCCCAUCUGCCCUGACCUCGCCGCGGCCCCCGAGGUAAUCCUGUAGCUUUCGGAGCUUCGUGCUGACCCACUAACAGCUGUGGCUGUGGGGCCAGAGCCCUGCCUUGCCCCACAACAGGCUUGGCCCCACCGAAUUUGUGCCAAACUUUUCACGAAGGAGGCGGGGGGGGUCGCGGGAGCCGGGGCUCGGCCCCUCCCUCCUCCCUCCUGUCACCAGUGACACAUGCAGCCUUAACACGGGAGGGUGAAGGAGGAGAAGGAGAGCCCAGGCAUGGUUAACCUGCGGCUUUCUGCUCUGAAGCCAGUGAGGUUUGGGUUUGUUUGGUUUUUUUUAUUAUUAUUAUUCUGUUUUACAUUCGCGAUUUGAAUAAAAUCAGUCUGGCUUUAGCGGC